AUGGAGGACUUCCUGCGGGGGAUGCAGCAAUCAACUCUCACCACCUCGGUUUUAUUCACAACGCCAACGUCGAUACCUAUUGUAGCUGGCGCUCAGGAAGCUCUUCGAGAUACACUGCAACAAGCGACCAGCCUGCAACAUGCAGCGGCGGCUGUCGCGACCAGUACAUCUAGCGACAAUGUUCAGCUCACAUCCUCCAAUGAUUCGACGAUAAAUGGUGUGGUGAUAGGAUUAUUAAGUUCAUUUGGUUCGGCCAUCUUGAUAGCUUUUAUCUUCCUGAUUGUUUAUUUCUUCAAAUACACCAGUAGUGGAAGGAUUUUGCUGGAUCGGAUCGGAAGGCCGGGAGAAUACGACGAUGAACAGGCUUUAGCAAAGGAAGAGGCGGAAGCCUUGGAAGAAAUGGAUGAUUUACAAAGAACUGAAUAUUUAAGAGCCAAAGCAUUCGUACAAUCAAAUCCACCCGAUUCAUUACCAACCGACAUUUCCCUCUCACAAUACUUGGCAAUCCAGGAGAAAGGUGUCUCUGCUUGGGAGUUUGAACCAGAGUUGGAGAUUGCCAAUUGUUUUGUAGAGGCUAGGACGGAAAUUGAAUUCUUCGAUAGCGAAUGUUGCACUCUGACGAAUUUACCGGUACCAAAACAGAACGAGGUUUACUAUUGGGAGUCUAAGAUUUACGAUAAGCCGGAAAAUACACUUAUUAGCAUCGGAGUGGCUACAAAGCCUUAUCCUUUGUUCAGGUUACCAGGCUGGCAUAAGUAUUCCGUAGCUUAUACAUCUACUGGACAUCGAAGAUAUAAUCAACCUUUUAGCGGACCGGUAUAUGGACCACAAUACGUUCAAGGGGAUGUCAUCGGAGUAGGAUAUCGACCUCGAACUGGUACAAUAUUCUUCACCCGAAAUGGAAAGAAACUCGAAGAUGUCGCACAUGGUCUGAAAUCACAGAAUCUUUUCCCAGCUGUUGGGGCAAAUGGUCCUUGCACAGUACAUGUCAAUUUUGGACAAUCUGGUUUUGUUUUUAUUGAAGCAAAUGUUAAGAAAUGGGGUUUAGCACCUAUGACUGGUAGUCUUGCUCCUCCACCUCCAUAUGGUAGUGAACAAGGAAGCAUUCUUUUAGAGGCAGGACGAGAAGGUGCACAAAGUAGCAACGGCCAUUACCAACCAGAUCCAAGACAUGGACGAACUCGAAGUGGAAAUUUUAGGCAUGGUCCACCUACAAGUCCUGGACCAAUACGAUCACCCACAGAUAUUUCUUUAGCUCAACUUACACACUUUCCUUCACACGAAGAGCCCGGUGAGGCUUCGAAUAGUUCUACGCCAGCACCUACAGGAGGUGCUACACAACAAACUGGAUUAGGCGUACACGAUAAUGCACAACCUCCUCCAGAAUAUACAAGUCCUUUACCAUCCGUAGCAGGAAGUCCUCGAGGAAGUACAGAUAGUGAAAGGACACCAAUGCUACGAAGAAAAACAACACCUCCACCAAUACCAAGUUAUAAUGAUGCAGUAGCACAAAGGAAUCGAAGUCAAAGUUAUCGGGAUAGAAGCGGAAACCGAAGAGAAAGAAGUGAUAGUCAUCGAGCUCGACAUGGUGAUGGAAACCCUUCUCAAUCAUGA